GGCGGUGGGAGGGGUUGCCGGGAGGACGACAGACUUCCGGCCAGGCCGUUGUCUGGGUGGCGCGGUCGAGUCAUCGCUGGGCCGCCCCGCUUCCAUCUCCCCUUCCUGCCCCCCGCGCGAGUGCGGGGGGUCCCGCGGCCGAGCGCGGCGGGAGGAGGCCUGAACGGAACCUCCGCUUGGUCUCGCCCGGCGCCCCCGCUGCCUGCGCUGGGGCCUGGGGCCUUGGGGGCCUGCGUGGGGCCGGGGCCUGCGUGGGCCCGUCGCCGGGCCCCAUGAGGCAUAGCCUGACCAAGCUGCUGGCAGCGUCGGGCAGCGACUCCCCGACCCGCAGCGAGAGCCCGGCGCCGGCCGCGACCUGCUCGCGGAGCCGGGACCCGAGCCGGGACGCGGCGCCGGCGGCUGACGGGGAGAAGCAGACGGCGGCGGCCGGAUCUCCCGGCCGCCAGCAGCCGCACGGCGACGAGGACGAGUUGGAGGCCGGGAGGGGGAGCCGCGGCGGCGGCGGCGGCGGCGGCAGCAGCCUGGCCGUCCGCGCGCCCUCCCCCGAGGAGAUGGAGGAAGAGGCGAUGGCCAGCGUCCCCGGCGAAGAGGCCGAGGACAUGGACUUUCUGUCGGGGCUGGAGCUGGCGGAUCUGCUGGACCCUCGGCAGCCGGACUGGCACCUGGAGCCCGGGCUCAGCUCGCCCGGGCCUCUCUCCUCGUCGGGCGGAGGUUCGGAGAGCGGCGGCCUCUGGAGAGGCGAGGACGACGACGAGGCCGCGGCCGCCGAGAUGCAGCGCUUCUCCGACCUGCUGCAGAGGCUGUUAAACGGUAUCGGAGGCUGCAGCAGCGGCAGUGACAGUGGCAGCGGCGAAAAGAGGCGGAGAAAGUCCCCUGCAGGCGGCGGGGGCGGCGGCGGCAACGACCACAGCCAGGCGGCGACCAAGAGUCCCCGGAAGGCGGCGGCGGCGGCUGCCCGGCUCAACCGGCUCAAGAAGAAGGAGUACGUGAUGGGGCUGGAGAGUCGGGUGCGCGGGCUGGCAGCUGAGAACCAGGAGCUGCGGGCCGAGAAUCGGGAGCUGAGCAAACGCGUGCAGGCGCUGCAGGAGGAGAGUCGCUACCUACGGGCCGUCUUGGCCAACGAGACCGGACUGGCUCGCUUGCUGAGCCGGCUGAGCGGCGUGGGACUGCGGCUGACCACCUCGCUCUUCAGAGACUCGCCCGCCGGGGACCACGACUACGCGCUGCCCGUGGGAAAGCAGCAGCAGCAGCAGCAGCAGCAGCAGCAGCAGGACGCGCUGGACGAGGACGACGCCGCGGGAGGAGUGUGUCUGCAUGUGGACAAGGAUAAGGUGUCGGUGGAGUUCUGCUCGGCGUGCGCUCGGAAGGCGUCGUCUUCUCUUAAAAUGUAGGGUCAAGUAAUCUGCUCUUUAUCCGCGUUUACCCCCUUCAACUCCCUUACACCAUGUAAAACACCUUAGUGGGACAUCUUCACUGGACACAUUUCAGAGGAGGAAAAAAAAAAGUAAUAUUGAAUCUUUAAAUGUUUAGCUAAAAAAGCAUGAAUGUGACACUGUAACCAACUCCUAAUGAUAACCUGUGACUAUUAAAUCUCUCUGACAGUUUCUUUUUUAGGUGAUUUCCUUCCUGCCAGGCUCCGUUGUAGGGGUUACAGAGCAGUCGUUCCCGCCUCACAACCUGUGGAUACAGCUGUUGGGGCAGAAGAGACGGGACCAGCUGCUGGCCACAUUUCCUGCUUUAUUUUAAAAGGUAGUAUAAGAAAUGAGGAAAAAGAGGUAAUAUCAGGGCUUCUGCUGUCUUUUGUUUUUAAAAUGUUCAUAAUUAAGAAGUAUUUUCCAGCAGUCCAAAGAUGUAAGUUAUCUUAUGAAAUGUUUUAUUUUGUUGUUACUUGGUUAUGAAAAUGGAAUCUUGUUCUUGCACAACUGUAAAUGAUCUGUUGCUAGAUAAUAAGAUUUGAGACCUAGAUUGGUCUCUGGUUUCCAGUGCAUCACAGCAUAUUCUGUAAAAUCAUCUACUGCACUUGAGCAUGAAUGGGUAGUAGCUAAACUCACAACCUGGAGUGUUGAACCUGCUUACACAAAAGGGCAGGAGCAAGCCCCUCACAAUGCAGCUGCAUGGAUUUUUAGUGCCUACUGAAUAAUAAAUAUACAUAUAUAUAUAUAUAAACCAAAAGUAGUUGGAAAAUUAUUUGAAAUGACUAAUUUGUGCUAUCUUUAUGAAAUAUGUUAAAUGUAGCUUUUUGAAACAGAAGCCUUGAAUUGAAAUUUAACUAAUACUUGAACUUUUUGUAUAUAUUUCUUUGUAUAUAAUUUUGUGCAGUUCCAAUGACAAAAAUACGGUGUCAUAAUAAAACCAGAUUUGUUGAUCUUUCA